AUGUUCCUACUCAAGAGUUCCAGGAAGAUAUCAAGCUCUGGGCUUGGACCCCCAGCAAAAGAUAAAACCACCCUUUUAGUUGUGAGUUUUUUUCUGCUUGGCUAUAUGAUAAGAUGCAUAUCAAAUUUGGUGCAGCAGAGAAGAAAGCAGCAAGCAGUGGAAGCGAUCCUCAAGAACCUGGACCAGCAGAUGCCCAGUGUCACGUUCAGGGAUGUGAAAACCACCACAAGUGCCAAGAACAGCAAGGCCACCCUACUUAGCCGCAAGGGCUCUUACUGCCUUGGAGACCACUUGAUGGUUCGACUGGAUGUGUACGAUCAUUUGGGGAAGAGGAAGGAGUACGGAGGGGACUUCCUCAGAGCCAGGGUCUAUUCAUCCGGUCUUAAAGCUGGAGUUUCUGGACAUGUAGAAGACUACCGGAAUGGGACAUACUUGGUGAAUUUCACCCUAUUUUGGGAGGGGGACAUCAGAGUUUCCAUCUUGCUCAUCCACCCCAGUGAAGGAGUUUCUGCCAUGUGGGCAGCCAGAAAGAAGGGGUAUGAAAAAAUAGCCUUCACUGGCAAAUUUCUCAAUGGAACCUCAGACGUCUUCACUGAAUGUGGCUUCAACCUAACUACCAAGGCUGAGCUGUGUGAGUAUCUCGAUGAGAGAGACCAAGAGGCUUUCUACUGCGUUAAACCGAAGCAUGUGCCAUGCGAAGCUUUCACCUACCUGAAGUCCAACAACAAACCAGUGUCCUACCUCACGGCCUUGGAAAAGAGUCUUUUCAACAGGAACAACAUAGGUGUUGAGAUUCCACAGACUUUUGGGAACAUUCAUGUAUCAUCCUGCAACAGGAGCGAAACACGGACCCGGGAAAAAUGCAGGACAGGGAUGCAGUCACCCCUCCCCAGUGGCUACGUUUUGCAGAAUGCUUGGAACUUGGACUUCUGCUCUCUGUCUGAUUUUAGCACCUUGGACAAGAUCCAUGCUUGUCUGAAGAGGAAAAUAAUUUAUCUCAUGGGAGAUUCGACGUUACGCCAGUGGAUUUAUUUCCUUAAUGAGAAGGUGAAAACACUGAAGUUCUUGGACUGCCACGGGAGCGGGGUCUUCAGGACGCACCUGCUUAUGGACCCAGAGAGGAAUAUUUUUGUCCAAUGGAAAAAACACAGCCAUCCCUUUGUGACACAGCAGUUCUACUCAAUGAAAGAUGAUGAUUACGUCCCCCGUGCAAUCGACCGAGUGGCCGGGGGUGAAGACACAGUCAUUGUCAUUACCCUGGGCCAGCAUUUCCGACCCUUUCCUAUGCACAUCUUUGUGAGGAGGUCGCUGAAUGUUCGUGAAGCCAUCCAGCGCUUACACCUGCGGAGCCCAGGCACAAAAGUCAUCAUCAAAGGGGAGAAUAUCCGGGAGAUGUACAUAGACCCAGAGAGACUGGCUGAUGUCCACGGAUACCCCCAGAACCUCGUCACAAGGGACAUCUUUCGCGGACUGGACAUUGGCUUCAUUGACAUGUGGGACAUGACCAUCGCCUAUGGCACAAGUGACGUUCAUCCACCUAAUCACGUGGUCUGGAGCCAAAUUGUUAUGCUUUUAACAUUUAUUUGUUAG